AUGAUGACGAAGAGAUACCAAAUGAUUAUGAACUUGAGAAUGAAGCUCAUAAUACAGACAUCAAUGAAGCCAUUACAGAUGGUAAUAAAGACGGCGAACAUACUCCAACUAAGAGUGGCACUCGAAGCAGAAGAACAAAUGACAAAAAAAAGUUAUGAAGAAGAUGAUGAAAGUUUUCAUGAAGACGAAUUUGAUGAAAAUGAAGAUGUGGAUGAUGUAGGAAAUAGUGAUGAUGAUGAUGAGGAUUAUGAAUAUUCCUCAAGAAGAACUAACUCUAGAAAGGGAAGAAAGACUAGGGGCAGAUCUAGAAGUAAUAAUUAUGCUAAAAGACGUGAAAUCGAAUCUUUUAUUGUAAAAGAUGAGAAUGAUUUUGAUGACGAUGAAGACGAUGAUACUAUCAGUUAUUCAUCAUCAAGAAGAAGGGGAAGAUCCACCAGGAAUUAUGCUGAAAAUAAUUAUAAUAAAUAUCAAGAAGAUGAUAAUGAUCGUGCUGAAGCAACUAAUAUUAGAAGAUCAAGAAGACUGCGUUCCACAUCCAUGCAAAACGAUGAAGCUCCAUUUUUGAAAAGGCGCACGAGAUCUGCAAUGAACGCUGCUGAAAAUGAGUUUAAUAACCAAACUAGUGGGACUGAAGCUCUAACUUUACAGGAUGAGAUAAGGGAAUUAAGGGAAAGUAGUCCUAUUAGAGAAUUUAAAGGCGGUGUAGUUGGUAUAGAAAAGGGACCAAGAUCGCUGAGGGAGCGUACCAAACAUGUCAAUUAUAAAAUUCCACCACCAUUAGCAGAUCCCGGUCAAGACGUUUUGUCGAAUGAUGCUCAUUCUGGUAUUGGUGCGGGCUCAAAUGCCAUUAAUACGAAUGCUUUAAGAUCAAGUUACACAUCAUCGCCAAGUCGUCGCGGCAGAGGGGCUUCUUCGAAUAAAUUUCCACAGAGAAGACUUUUUCCUACUGGUGGGCCUUUUGGUGGUAAUGAAGUAACAUCAAUAUUCGGAGAGAAUACUGUAUUCUAUAAUUUAGAUGAUGAUAUUAAUUUAACUUCUUUACCAAAAUUUACGCUAACACAAAGUAUGGAUAAGUAUAAGGAUCCAAGUACAGUUUUAAAUUCAACUAGUGGUGAUGUAAAUGGCAAUCAAGGUCAAAAUAAUAAUAAACGUCUUAUUGAUUCUGAUUCUUCAGAGGAUGAGAUCCUUCCGAUGGGUGCCAAGCCUAAAACUAAAGAUCCGAACACAAAAAAGAAAAAGAAGAAACCAGAAAUUGCUGAUUUAGAUCCACUUGGUGUUGAUAUGAACAUUAAUUUUGAUGAUGUUGGUGGUUUAGAUAAUUAUAUUGAUCAGUUGAAGGAGAUGAUAACUCUACCUUUACUCUACCCAGAACUGUACCAAAAUUUUAAUAUCACUCCUCCUCGUGGUGUCUUAUUUCAUGGUCCUCCUGGUACAGGUAAAACGUUAAUGGCUAGAGCAUUAGCUGCUAGUUGCUCCUCUGAUACCAGAAAAAUUACUUUCUUUAUGAGAAAAGGUGCUGAUAUACUGUCUAAAUGGGUAGGUGAAGCAGAGAGACAAUUGCGUUUGUUAUUUGAAGAAGCCAAAAAACAUCAGCCAUCUAUCAUAUUUUUUGAUGAAAUUGAUGGUCUAGCACCUGUUAGAAGUUCAAAACAGGAACAAAUUCAUGCUAGUAUUGUGUCUACGAUGCUGGCUCUUAUGGACGGUAUGGACAAUAGGGGCCAGGUCAUCGUUAUAGGUGCAACAAAUAGACCAGAUGCAGUGGACCCGGCCUUGAGAAGACCAGGCAGAUUUGAUAGAGAAUUUUAUUUCCCAUUACCUGACAUAGAUGCUCGUGCAAAAAUUUUAGAAAUUCAUACCAGAAAAUGGAAUCCUCCUUUACAAAAACCGGUUAUACUACAGUUGGCUAAUUUAACGAAAGGUUAUGGUGGUGCAGACUUGCGUGCAUUAUGUACAGAAGCUGCGUUAAUUAGUAUCCAGCAUAAAUACCCUCAAAUUUACAGAAGCAAUGACAAAUUAGAUGUAGAUCCUUCAAAGAUUACGGUUUCUACUAGUGAUUUCAUGUUGGCUUUAGAAAAAAUAGUGCCAUCCUCAGCGAGAUCCACUGGUAAUAUUGCACAACCAUUGCCGGAGCCUAUCAAGCCAUUAUUGGAUAUUCAACUUGGUGGUAUAGAACGUACGCUAAAUAAGCUAAUACCAAAGAAUGACAACCAAUUUGAUAGAUCCAAAUCCUUGAUACAACAAUUUAUUGAAUAUGAAGAUUUUGAUGAAAACAAUACGGAAGGACAUGGUGUUGAAGAUUUUGAAAAGCAUUCUUUAAUUAGCAGUGUAGUAAAAUUACGUGUUUCAAAGCCAAGACUUUUGAUUUCUGGUCCACCAGGGAACGGUCAACAGUAUAUUGGAUCUGCUAUUUUAAAUGUUUUAGAAAAAUAUAAUAUCCAAAAGUUAGACCUUGCUUCAUUAGUGUCAGAUAGUUCAAGAACUCUUGAAGCGGCUGUUGUGCAAACUUUUGUAGAAGCUCGUAAGAGACAGCCAGCGGUUAUUUAUAUCCCUAAUUUGGAUAUAUGGUGCAGAACAAUCCCAGAAAAUGUUAUUAUGACAUUAGCAACCCUACUUGGAUCUUUAGAAAAUAGUGAAAAGAUACUUUUAUUAGGUAUAGGUAGUCAGUUGGAAUCCAGUUUGAUUGAUAGCACACCGUUGGGCCUAUUAGGCUUUUCAAAGAAAAUUUUUGAAUUAAAACUUCCUAACCAAUCCCAAAGAGUGAAUUAUUUUAAAUCCAUUGAAAAACUGUUAUCCAUGCAACCAACAAGUUUCAAUUUACGUAAGAAAAGAACAACUCCAUUACCAAAACUUCCACAUGCUAGCCCAGAUUCUGAUCCAAAUAAUUUAGAUGAGAAUGGGGUCUUAUUAUCAACACAGGAUAUAUUGAGAAGAAAACUAAGAAAAUUCCAAUACCAAGAUAUGAGGUUAAAGAAUGUUUUAAAAAUAAAAUUAUCAGGAAUUAUGGAUCUUAUUUUAAAGCGUUACAGAAGAUUUAAGAAGCCUGCGGUUGAUGAUAUGCUACUGGUUCAUUUGUUUGAACCAGUUUCUAAUGACCCAAACUGGGAAGCUGCAUAUGUUAAAGAUAAAGAUAUGAUUUUAGAAGUGGCGACAGGUAAGAAGUUUUUUAACAUGGAUUUAGACAUUGUGGAAGAAAGAUUAUGGAACGGUUUUUAUUCUGAUCCAAGACAAUUUUUGAGAGAUAUUGAAUAUAUUUAUCAUGAUGCAUCAGUUUUAGGAGAUAGAGAAAAUACUAUCAGAGCAUCAGAGAUGUUUGCAAAUGCUCAAAUGGCCAUUGAAGAUAUAUCAACAAAAGAAUUUAUUGAUGAAUGUAAAGCAACGCAUCAACGUGAUUUAGAAAGACAAAAACUCUUUUUAGAAGAUCAACAAAAACGACUAGUGCAGCAACAAGAACAAAAUGAGCAAAUUUUGAAAGAGAUCCAGGAGUCUGUAAAGCCGUCUGUGGAAACUGUGUUCGAAACUCCUGUUGUUGAAAAUGGCAUAACAGAAGUUGGUGUUGGUUCUGGUAACCAAUUACAAGCUCAAAUGCAAAUAAAUGCAGUUUUGUCACCUGUAGAAGACACUAUUAUAAAAGGAACUGAGAUUGAAAACAAUUCUAUUACAAAAGAUGAAAACUUUGCUCAGGAAGAUAACUUAGAAUUGUUGAAUAAAGAAAAUGAGAAUAAUAUUGAAAAUGGAAACUCAACUGCACCAGUUAAUGAGAAAAAACAAGACAAUGUUAUCUUAGAUAAUUAUGCUAGUGAAAAUGGAGAAACUGUCGCAACUAAUCAAGGCGGCAAUGGUAAAGUUGAAAUAAAAGCUAUAAUGAAUGAAACUGCCUCGGUGGAUAUUUCAACGCCCUCAACGGCACCUGCGACAGAUUCAAUGCCAGAGCCUGUAACAGAACAUGUGGCGGAGCUAGCAUUAGUGAAGACUGAAGCAUCUGUCCCAGAACCUGUAAAAAAGAUGGUAGAUGACCGUGUUGUAAUUGUGGAUAGUUCUGCUAUGAAUGAUAUUAUGGAUAAAUUAAUUAAAAUAUCGGAUGGAUUUACUGUUUCUCAAUUAGAAGAACUUUAUGCUGAAAUUGUAGAUAUCGUUUGGGAAGAUCGUGAUAAAUGGGAAAAGGCUAAUACUAUUUCCAAAAUUAAAAAGUAUCUAAAUAUUUAA